UUACUCCUCCUAGUUCCACAUAGCUCAUUAUGUUUUCUAUCAUUUUACGAGGUAACCAUUUUCUCCAAUGCGCUGUAUAACGGAAGAUAAAUUCGCCAACUACGACAUCUAGAUAACUUGAUAAAGCUGCGGAGGCGGGGAAGCACUCGUUUCUCCCCGCACGUUUGGAGCGUUUGCAUUUUCCUAUAACCGCCCCGCGUCAAUAAUAAUGAGCAACUGACGUGCCUCUAUCUAGAGCUUAGUAUCAAUCAAUACAUUUCUCCUCAUCAUCCAACAAUAUAUCUGCGGAAAAUAUCAGACCCAAGUUGUCACCAGCUAGUAUAUCAGAAUUUCACAGCCAUGGCAAGCGACGCGGAUGCUCCCGGCACAAACAAGGCCUUCGUGCCUCUAGAAAACAACCCUGAAGUUAUGUCCCAUCUGGUCCACCAACUGGGCCUUUCUCGCUCCUUCGGCUUCACAGACGUCUACUCAAUCGACGAACCAGAUCUCCUUGCAUUCGUUCCUCGACCAGCACAUGCCCUUCUCCUUGUUUUCCCCGUAUCUCCAACAUACGAAGCCAGUCGAGUCGCUGAAGACUCGCAACUGCCCGAAUACACCGGCUCUGGACCUUCAGAGCCCGUCAUGUGGUUCAAGCAGACAAUCCGCAACGCCUGUGGUCUGAUCGGUCUCCUACACGCCGUCAGCAACGGUGAACCUCGAAAAAACAUCACUCCUGGCUCCGAUCUUGAGCAGUUACUCAAGGCUGCGGAGUCAUUGCCUCCUAUCCAACGCGCGGAUCUGCUGUAUGAGAGCAAGGCGUUGGAGAGCGCACACGCAGACGCAGCCAAGUUGGGUGAUACGGAAGCUCCGCAGGCGGAAGAUAAUGUAGAUCUACACUUUGUGGCGUUUGUUAAGGGUGGGGAUGGUCGGUUGUGGGAACUCGAUGGUAGACGAAAGGGUCCGUUGGAGCGGGGACGACUGGCGGAUGACGAGGACGUGCUGAGUGAGAAGGCACUUGAUUUGGGUGUGAGGAGAUUCUUGAAGAUAGAGAAGGAAGGUGGUAAUCCGGACUUGAGGUUCAGCCUUGUUAGUUUGGGACCGCAUUUUGAUUAGGUUACUCUACCAGAUGGAACAGGACGAGCAGGUCUUCAUGGAUCUAAUGAUGGCAUAUCGCAUGGCUGAGAUGAGCUGUAAUAAUCAUUAUCAUUUUCAUCAUUUGGGACUCAUGCAUAAGUAUUAUGUACACUGCCUGUGGGCUACUGCGGAACCCGGAUUUGGCGUUAAU